AUGCAGUCCAACACAGGCGACUCGGUGGCUUCGACGCCGCAGUCGAAGCACCACCAAAACCUCGCCGAUGAUGGCAUCUCCAUGCAGCAACUGCCACGUGUCUGCUUCAUGUGCAGUUUUGACGGGAAGAUCCUUCCCCGGCUGCACAACAAUCAGCUCCCCUACGUCGGCGGCGACACACACAUAGUCGCGUUGAACCGCCAUGCAUCUUUCUCAUCCCUCCUCAUUAAGCUAUCCAAGAUCGCUGGCACGGCCAACGUGGUUGUGAAGUACCAACUUCCCUACGAGGACAUCGACUCGUUUAUUACUGUUACGAUGGACGAAGAGGUGGAGAAUAUGAUGGAGGAGUAUGACCAGGUGGCGCAGAGUCACAAGUCGGCGGCGCAUCUGCGACUUUUCCUUUUUCCUAUCGAUGUCGAUUCAAGAACCAGCACAAUUAACUCCAUCCUCAAUGGCUCGACUAAGCGCGAGCACUGGUUUGUCGACACGCAUCAUCUCUUCGUGAACCCAUUACAAAUAACAACCACUUCAUGA